CUUUCAUUCAAUAAUUUUGCUGGAGAAGUGCCAAAUGUAGGAAUUUUCACAAAUUCUACAGAAAUAUCAAUCUUAGGCAAUGAAAAUCUCUGUGGUGGUAUACCUGAUCUACAUUUGUCUUCUUGCUCUUUGCAAUCAACAAAGAAAAGGCAUACAUUUCUUUUUUCGAUAAAGGGAAUAUAUUAAUAUCAAGAGAUACCAAUUACAAGGCAUACAUUUCUAGUUGUACCUAUGCUUAUUUCUGUCAUGGCAACACUAGGUGUCCUUGCCUUAGUCUACAAGUUUCGUACUUCGCACAAGAAAACCAAAGCAAAGAUCCCUUCAACAACAUACAUGCAAGGGCACCCACGGAUCUCUUAUUCUCAGUUGGUAAAGGUAACAGAUGGUUUCUCGACAAGCAAUUUUUUGGGUUCUGGAUCAUUUGGGUCUGUGUACAAAGGAGAUUUAAAUGUUCAAGCCGAUGAAAGUACAAAUUAUGUUGCUGUGAAGGUAUUAAAACAUCAAACUCCUAAGACACUCAAGAGUUUCACAGCUUAAUGUGAAGCUCUCCGAUAUGCACGGCAUCGGAAUCUUGUCAAGAUAGUUACAGUUUGCUCAAGCAUUGAUUUCAGCGGGAAUGACUUUAGAGCAAUCGUGUAUGACUUCAUGCCUAAUGGUAGUCUAGAAGGUUGGCUACAUCGUGACACAACUGACGAAGCAGAGCAGAAGCACUUGAAUCUGCAUCAAAGAGUGACCAUACUACUUGAUGUGGCUUAUGCGUUGGACUAUCUUCAUUGCCAUGGCCAUGCACCUAUUGUACAUUAUGAUGUUAAACCAAGUAAUGUGCUCUUAGAUGCUGAUAUGGUAGCACAUGUUGGAGAUUUUGGACUCGCUAGGAUUCUUGCUGAAGAAAGUUCAGUUCUGCAACAGUCAACUAGCUCUAUGGGACUUGGAGGGACGAUUGGUUAUGCUGCUCCAGAGUAUGGUGCUGGAAACACGGUAUCGACGUAUGGUGAUAUCUACAGCUAUGGAAUUCUCGUGCUGGAAACGGUCACCGGGAAGAGACCCAUCAAUAGCAAAUUCAGAGAAGGACUGAGUCUCCGUGAGUACGUUGAGCUUGGUCUGUGUGAAAGAACGAUGGAAGUUGUUGACUCUCGGCUUCAAUUGAACCUUGAGAAUAGGAUUUCUGCGGAUCCUCGUUCAUGCAAGACAAGGAUCGAUUCCCUCGUUUUGCUACUUCGACUUGGACUGUCUUGCUCCCUGGAAGUGCCAUCGAGCAGAAUGCCAACACACGUUAUCAUAAAGGAACUGCAUGCAAUAAGAGAGUCUCUGGAGGGAAUGCAGAAUAUGAAACUGGAAAAUGCGGUCAUGUAAUCUGUAAUUUGCAGAAUAUGUAUGUUCUUGGAUAUUUCUGAGCUCUGUACUGCUGGCCAUGUUGGGUACAGUCUAAGAUACUUUGUCACAAAGAUUGUAUUGCUGAUGAAGGGUCGUUCUCCCAUUAUAUUUUCCCUUGCUAAUUGAUCAUGAGCUGUCAA